UGGCUCUCCCAUGUGUCCGUCACACCAGUUUACGGAAGUGUAACCACCCACAACAAAGAUGGAGGACGAUAUCUCAGAUUUGAGCAGACCACAAAUGUACUUGUUUGGUUGUACCCUCAAAUCCGACAAACGGGAGUUCAAAGUUGACGUAGACGACGAUGACACAGAGCAGCAGCUGUCACUCAAAGCAGUGUGUCUGGGAGCCGAGGCUGAGGAUAAGUUCCACAUGGUGGAAGUCGAAGGCCUCACUUAUGAUGGAAAAUCGACCAAGGUGCCGCUGGUUGUCCUGAAACCGUCCGUCCUGCCCUCUAUGAGUUUAGGCGGAUUUGAGAUCACACCUCCAGUUACCUUCCGUCUCCAGUCCGGCUCUGGACCAGUUCACAUCAGCGGGCAGCAUUUUGUUAGUGUGAAGGAUUCAGAGGAUGAAGAAGAGGAGAACAACUCGUCACCAGUGAAGCGGCCUGCGAGCCUGAUGUCGGGGAAGAAGCCUCCAUUGAAAAAACUAAAGAUGGAUUCUGACGAUGAUGAAGACGACAGUGACGAGGAUGAUGACGAUGAUGACGAAGAUGCCGACAGUGAUGAAAAUGAUGUGAAGCCUCAGAAGAACGUCGGAAAAGAGCUCAAAAAAAGCCCAGAGAUUUCAGCAAAGAAGCCCAACAAGACUCCAGUGAAACAAAACGGCCCUGCAGGAAAACCAUCAGGAUCAGCAGCCAAACCACAGAUUAAGACACCUGCCCCAGGAAAAGACAAACCCCAGGCCGGCCCGUCUAAAUCUCCCUCUCUGACUGAGAUUAAGAGCAAGUUGUCAACGGCAGCCAAGGAGGGAAAACCACUACCGAAGACCGAGCAGAAGUUUGAGAAUUACGUGAAGAGUGCUUUCAAAAUCUCAGACAAAAAAGUAAGUGGUCAAGGACCUUUGGAGUUUUGUACAAACACUGAAGAUUGAGAAGAAGUAACCAACCUUUUACUUUGAAACAUUUGCAUCCUGCAAGACAUUUAAAGGCACAGUCAGCGAGAUUUCCUACUUGGCCUUAUUAUGUCAUCAUCGCUAACUAUGACUAUGGCUGACAAAUGGGUGAAGCCGUUAAUGAUUCAUGUGUCGUCAUUUUUUUUUUAGAUGCGAAGCACCUCCUGGAGCUAGUUUUGUAAUUCACUCACCAACUCGCUCAUUCACGUUUAGCAGGUUUUCCACAAGGGGAAGCUGUCCCCUUCAUCGCAUGCCAAUCUGCACCACCUAUAGGGAAGGAAAGUAACAGCACCACCAAUUAGGACCUGCAGAUGUCUAUGUUGCUUCCCUUCAGGAAAGAAAUAGCUGCUGCAAUUUUAACACUUGCGCCACCUGCAGGCAAUAAAUGUUGCACCUGCAGCUUUUUAUAGCUGUAAUAAAUAACAGAUAUGUAAAUUGGCAACAACAUAAUUCAAGUAUUCAGAGCCAGAGACGGACCAGAUCAGAACCUAUUCAAGUUAGUCAUUGCUAAUAUUUGUACAUGGCCCUUCUGUCCUACCCGAGCGGCAACCUCCGUUUCUGAGAAGUGAAGCAAAUGCAGAAGUGCCUUAAACUUGCAUUCUUUCUGAUCGCCAGCAGGGGGCGACUCCUCUGGUUGUAAAAAGAAGUCUGAUUGUAUAGAAGUCUAUGAGAAAAUGAGCCUAC